UCCCCGGGCUUCCGAGCAGCCUGCCAGCUCACACACGCCCCUCCGACCCCAACGCGUCAGCCCCACACGGAGCGCACUCCCGCCGGCGCUGCCCCCCAUGCACACCCCGUUUGCAGGGGUCGCAUCGGGCCUUUGCCAUCUCCGGGCCUCAGCUUCCCCCUCUGAAGAAAACGAGGAGGGGGCGUUGAGGGACUUCUAAAGCCCUUGCAGCUCUUCAAAAGCUAUGUUCUGUUGCCACAUCUCCACACACUCGGGGCCCUUGUGUAAGAUGUGUCUGGGUCUCAGUUUUCCCGUCUAUAAAAUGGGGGGGAGGAGGUUCCUGCCAGACUCAGUACUCUGAAUCUGGAUCUUGGGAAGGGAGACAGGGAGGGAGGUGCACUCGGACAAGGCCCUUAGGCUCUUGACUUUCCCAGCCAGGGUCGGGUUUAAUGCACCAGACUCUGAAGCAUCUUAAGCAAUUGCCUCUAGACUACUGGCUGAGGAGAGGGGAGCGGGGCUGGGGAGUUAGGCAGGGGGGAGUCUUCUGAAGUGCCUGAGAGAGAGUGACCCUGAGGGAAGAGGGUCCGAGCCUCCGGGCUUCACCAUCUCUGCCUUGUCUCUUGGUCUGUCUCCAUCCCUCUCCCCCUCCCUUUCUGGCUUGGGGGUUGUCUGUGUCCUCUCUCACACUAUCCUGGGCUCAAAGCAAAGUUCUGCACUAUCAGGUAACCGAGAUAAGGGGAUUUUCCUGCUGGGGGCAGGGUACGAAGGUGCAGCCUCCUGCGGGGAAGCCUUCCCAGCUCCUGCCUUCGUGUAAGCCUCGGCCUUUGGCUGCCCACCUCCUCCUUCCUCACUCCCCACUCUCCACAGAAAAGGACUGUCCUACUACUUUCCCUCCUCUGUCCUUACCCAGCCCCCUCCUCACCCCACACACACACACACACACACACACACAAGUACACACUCAGACACACAAACAUAUACACAUACACUCAUACACACACACACUCACACAGAAACACUGAUGUAGGUAUUCUGUGACAAAUACACAUACACACACCAAUGCAUCUGUGCCCAUACUCCAAGAAGGCCAUGUGCAUGUGUACAACACACCGUACACGCAUGUACAUGGGCCUCUGUCCCCACAUUUCAGACAAGACAGACUUCCACACACACAUACAUGGGCCAAGGCUCUUUCCUCUUUUUUUUCCUCCCCAUCCCCCUUUCCCAGGCAAGUGGGAAACUCCAGAGACCCAGGCUGUCCCCUCAGGCUCACCUACUGCUGCUCCUCGAGGAUCUGACUCGUUUUCUCCAACUCUACAGGUAGCACCACCAGGCCCAGUCAGGACUGCCACCCCCAGCCUCCCCCCUCGGCCACCACGUUGGGGGACCAAAGGAUCUCCCUUCCUGGGUCAGCUUUUCUGGGAAGAGCCAUACAGCCCCACAGGCCCCUCCACCAGCCACCUCUCCCUUCGGAUUCUGCCCUGGAUUUGUCAGCAGUUUGGGAUCCCCUCAGUUCCCUAAACGCCUCGAAAAAACGAUUCCGGGCACAGAAGCUAGGGGGAAGAAGGAAACCCUGCCCCUUAGCCAGCUCACAUCUUCCUGCCUCUCCCUUCCCUCACUUCCAUCUGUAGCACAGCUGGAAGAACAACCCCCCUCUCUCCAACUCCCACCUCUCAGAGCUCCAGAUUCUCAGGACACCGGCUCAGAGUGGCCUUGGACUCAGUUUCCUUAGUUGUACUCUUCUCUGGAAGAGAACUUUACCUAAAAGAUGAAAAGACCUCAGCCCCCUGAAAACUAAUUGUCCAAUCACAUUUAUUGAAGACCCUGUGGUCAAGGGAUCCCAUUCCCUCCCCUGAGAGAAAACAAUCUUUCCCUUCUCUUGUCCAUAAGAUCCCGCUGGGAUAAGGGGCUCUUCUGACCUGGACCAUUAGCCUUCCCCCCUCCAAAAAGAAAAUAUUCUUUGCCUUACAGGGAACUUAGAACCUGGGAAGAAGGUUCUCAGGUAGUGGCCCUCCUCUCCAGACCUCUGAGAAGGGGUCCCGGAAGCUGGCAGCUCUCACCACUGGAGAAGCGGACUCGUGGUUCAGGGCGACGACCUCUCCCUCCGACGUCAGAACAGGAAGGGCCAAGCCGCCGUGGCCACGUGAAGCCAAGACAGACAGAGACACCCAGGGACAGAGAGAGCGAGCAACCUGAGGAGAAAGUGAAGGAACUGGCCCUGACCAUUGGGUCAUGUGCAUAUCCCUCCCUGGGCCCCUCUGAAGAAAUCGGGGGCAGCUCGCUAGUCAUCUUUCUCCAUGGAGGGGCUCGGAAGAUCACCCCUGUGGCUGAGCAGAGAGCUGGCCACCCCCCAGCCCCAGCUGCUCCUCCUGGACUGCCGGAGCAGGGAACUCUAUGAAUCGGGCCACGUCCAGGGGGCUCUCAGCGUCGCCCUCCCAGCCCUGCUGCUUCGAAGGCUGAGGAAGGGGAACUUAUCUGUGUGCUCCCUGCUCCCCGGCCCCCUGCAGCAGCACCAGCCACUGGCCCCUCUGCCCAUCCUCCUGUACGAUGAAGGGCGCUGUGUGGAGGAGGAGGAAGGGGAGGCAGCCCAGUCGGUGCUCGCCACCCUACUCCAGAAGCUGCAAGAGGAAGGCCACCCCACCUACUACCUGCAAGGUGGCUUCAGCAAAUUCCAAGCUGAGUGGCCACACCUCUGCAAAACCAAGCUCGAUGCCCCCUGUGCCAGUAACUCACUAGUGCCUGUGCCAGCACCUGUGGUGGGCCUGGGAGGCCUGUGCCUCAGCUCAGACUGCUCAGAUGCUGAAUCAGACCCAGACCGAGACACGCUGAGCUACAGUCUGGAGUCGGAGGGUGGGAGCCCGCCACCGCCGGGACACCCCCCAUCCUUACCUGUUCAGAUUCUCCCCAACCUGUACCUGGGCAGUGCUCAGGAUUCAGCCAACAUGGACAUGCUGGCCAAGCUGGGCAUCCGCUACAUCCUCAACGUCACCCCCAACCUGCCCAAUCUCUUUGAAAAGGACGGCGACAUCCACUACAAGCAGAUCCCCAUCUCUGACCACUGGAGCCAGAACCUCUCCCAGUUUUUCCCAGAGGCCAUUGACUUUAUUGAUGAAGCUGUGUCCCAGAACUGUGGGGUGUUGGUGCACUGCCUGGCUGGCAUCAGCCGCUCCGUCACCGUCACCGUGGCUUACCUGAUGCAGAAGCUUCACCUCUCGCUUAACGACGCGUACGAUCUGGUAAAGCGGCAGAAGUCCAACAUCUCUCCCAACUUCAACUUCAUGGGACAGCUCCUGGACUUCGAACGCAGCUUGAAGCUCAAGGGCGAGGGGCCCAGGGACCAGAGUGAUGGAGAGGAAGUGGGGGGGAACCAUGCCCCAACACCCCCCUGUUUCUUCACCACACCCACUGGUGACGGUGUCUUCGAACUGGACUCUACCUAGGGGCUGGGGUUUGGGAUGGGGGCUGGGUGGAGGUUAAGGACCGCUCUCCAUUGAGAAUUCUUGACCCCAACCCAGGGGACUCCACGGAAGUUGGGGGGACCCCAAUACCUCAUAUGAAGAGACAAGAGCUAAGAACCCAGAACCUUUUGCUGUUUCCUGCCCCUUUUAAAGUGGUGAAAGGGGAAAGACCUUUUCUAGCCACUUGAAAAACCAAACUUCAGCAAGAAUCUGAACGUGCCUAUUGACCAGGUAUUGACAGUGAUGUUGAUACUGCUGCCCCGCACCCCUGCUCCCGGAGCCCUCAGCCAGGGCAGAGAACCCUUGGGGGCUCGCUCAGAAACCCCUCCAUUGGAAGGUGGCGCCAUUGCGGGUGCCCUGCCUCUUCUGAGACUGGAGGGUCAGAGUUGGGAGCCAAUCAACAAUGCAAGGCGGCGCGCACUUCUCAAGUGCCUGCUCGGUGCCGGCUCUGUGGAGGUUGGGGCUGGGGUCGCCUUAGAAGUGGAGUUUUUCCAACCCCGUUGGUUCUCCGAGCCCUGCGGCCAGGGCUCCUUAAUGACUCGGGACACGAACCUGUGACCUAGAACCAGCGCCUCCUUCUUCCCCGCCUCCUUCCUCUCCAGGAAAGCCCUCGAGCCACCUCAAGCGACAGAGCAGCAGCAGACUGUGGACAAAGUGAGCCCCACUGAAGAGGUUAAUCCUCCCACUUCAGGUGGGUCAGGCCACGCAAUACCAGGUCUAGAACCUGGACCUUCAAGACCCAGGUCAGGAAAAUCCGCUUCUAUACCUUGUCCAGAACUUUCUGUUUGAGAGCCAUACUUUCUCCCCUCAAGAGGCCAGCUCUUGGGGUAUCUGGGACUCAGAUCUGAAACCUGCCACUCUAGAACUUAGAUGUUCCAGGCCCCACAUCACCAUGCCAUACCUCAGCCAUCAGCUUGGUGGUGGUUUUGUGUGUGUGUAUGUGAGUGUGUGUGUGUGUGUGUGUGUGUGUGAGUGUGUGUGUAUUAGUGUGAGUGUGUGUGUGUGUGAGUGUGUGUAUGAGUGUGAGUGUGUGUGAGUGUGAGUGUGUGUAUUUAGUGUGAGUGUGUGUGAGUGUGUGUUCUGGGAAGGGGGAGGGCAGUGUGCGCAUGGUUCUGGGCCAGAACUUUUGGUGGGGGGGGAUUUCUGAGCACCAGAAAUGGAUAGCUAUCAGAGAAGGAAUGUCCGUGUAUUUCAUUUUUCAGGGGGGAGGCUGCAAGGGCUUGGGGGGAGUUGGGUGGGGGGAGGGGUGCCGUUGGAGCUGCGAGUCGGAUUCCAGACCCAACAUCUGGCUUUCUGACUAUUUAUAUACUAGAUUUUUCAAAGAGAUUGUUUUUUGUUCGUUUGUUUUCUCUUCCCCCAGAUAUGUCUUAGAGGGGCAAUCGGAUAGGGGUCUCUGAGACUGAGGAUGAUUAAACUGUGGCUAAUUCUGGUUGCUGUUUCUAAGCAGGCAGGUCAGGAGCUUUUCCAGGGAGAGAAAGAAUUGGUGAAAACUCAAUGGAGACAGACAGAACCAGAUCCACAGAUGGUGUUGUUGGUUGAUCUGUUUUGUUUUGGUUUUUUGGAUGGGAGGAGGGAAGUACUUAAGACACACACACACACACACACACACACACACACAUCCAUCCAUCUACAGAGGUUCACACACACACAGACACACCCAGGCAUGCACCCUGUGAGCAGACAAAGAUGGACAGUCUCACACACACAGUAUUGGGCCAGGGCAGGACCAGCAGGCAUGGAUGGUACAGCCGUGGGCUUUGACUAAGUCUUCUCACCCUCCUGCGUGGAAGAAGGGACACGGCACCUGGUUUCUUUAACAUGUUGGCAGAUUUCGUUUGUGAUAAGCAUUUUACAGAGGGCAAAAAACCCAAGGAAGGCACCGUUUUUAUCAUCGUCUGGGAGGAAGGAUUGUGGUAAAAGGCAGAGGCUUCUGGGGAGGCAGAUCUGUGUCUGAAUCAAAAUCUCCAUUCUGAAUUCCAUCCGCAUCUGAUUUUCAGUAAGAGUUAUUCUGAUGAUCAAUAUUAUCGUCUAUUUCAAUCAAUGUUAUCAGAAGCAUCAUCGUGGAUAUAAGCUAAGCUUCUCCGGGUCCCAGAUUCCCGGCUGCUGAUUGUGUUUGUUUUAGCGCCAAGGCUUUGUUCAACUUGGAGAAAACCCUCUAGUGGGAUGGCCUAGGGCUCUUUCCUUGAUAUAUUAAAAAUUACUGACAUUUAUACAGCACCUUCAAGUUUGCAAAUUGCCUUAUUUACAUUUUCUCAUUUGAGUCUCACAACGUUCCCAGGCAUUAUGAUCUCCGUUUUACGGAUGGAAAAACUGAGGCUCAGAAAGUUGACAACAAUUUGCUUAUACUCAUAUGUAGAGCAUCUGGGGACAGAUUUAACCUAGGUUUUCCUGAUUGCAAACCUAGCACCCCAGCCACUAGAUUGUCUUUCCUGCUCUUACCCUUGACCUUUUUUGGACCUUGUUUUAAUCUAUGGCUCGGAUAUGGAUACAGAUGGCAUGUUUAUCACAUUUGUAAAUUAUAUGAAACUGGAAAGCGUGGCCCGCAUGUUGGCUGGCAGAGCCGGGAUCUAAAAGGACCUUAACAGGCUAGCAUGAUAGGUUGGAUUUAAUAAGAUGGACUUUAACGGGCAUACAGGUAAAGUUGAGCCAUAGCUCAACAAGUCAAUUAUACAAAUAUAAGAUGGAGAGGGAAGGUCUUGUUAAAAAAAAAAAAAAACCAAGGGGUACAGUAGAUGGAAGGCCACUUAACCUGUCUGCCUCGGUUACUUCAUCCAUAAAGUGGGAUUAGGGGCAGCUAGGUGGCUCAGUGGGGCCAACUCUGUAGUCAGGAGGAUAGAGGUACAAAUCCAGCCUCAGACACUUGAUACUUACCAGCAGUGUGAUCCCGGACAAUCAUUUAACCCCACUGCUUGGCAAUAAUAACAUAAAGACAGGCUAAUAAUAGCACCUACCAAGGCUUUGAUUGGUGUUGUCUAGAUAAAAUAAGUUGAGAUUUAAAGAAAAUAAAAUGACCAGAGGUUUGUGAGCAAACUGCAAACUCAACACGCGUUAACAAUGUGAUAAUACAAUCUAAAAGCCAAUCCAGUCUCGGGCUGAAUUGGUGGAAGCAGAGGUGGGGCACGGGAAGUGACCAUCCCAUUAUGUACUGUUCUCGGAACAUGUCUGGCACGUUGCGGUUGCUUCUGGCCUUCACAUUUUGGGGAGGAUGCUUACAAAAUCUGAGGUCCUUCCAGAAGCUGGUGCCCAGGGUGCUCCAAAAAAUAGGAGAAACGCUUCCAGGAAAUAGUCGGCAUAUCUAGAGCGGAGAAAGGAAAAUUGAGGCAGAGACCGGGAGAACACGACUGAUGUCCUCAAGUAUUUGAAGCACUGUUAUGUGGGAGAAGGAAUUGGAUCUAGAACCAAAAUGCUAAGAAAUCUUAGAGCUCAUCUAAUUAAAACCUACUUUUUUUAGAUGGGGAAUCUGAGCCUCGGGAAAGUUAACAAGUAAACGCAGAGCCAAGAUUUGAAAGGAGGGCUCCAAAUCCAGACCUCUUUCUGCUUGGUUCUAGAUUGUGCCACUAAGAAUCCUGGUGAAAAGUUGCAAAGAGACCAAGGCUUGAUGUCAAGAGAAAAUUGACAACAAAUAGAAUGGACUGCCCCUGGGGCUCUCUCCUUGGAGGGUCUUUUAGCCCCUGGGGGAUGGAAAAGAGACAGGGGGUUCCUGUUCAAGUAACAGGCAAGCUGAAUGACCUUGGGGUCUAUUCAGUUGGCAGAUUCUGUGAUUCACUGGAACCCUUUAAGCAGGGGGCCAGUUGCAGCCCAAUGGGUGGUUUGGUGCCUGACGACCAGCCCAAUUAAGUUAAAAAAAAAAAAAAAAAAACUCAAACCCAAAAUGACUAUGACAGAUUGACUUUUUCAGUCCUAUCAACUUUCAGAGUUUCUUAUCAAAAACCUCCAUUGAGAUACAUUGUUGGUGGAAUUGUGAAUACAUCCAGCCAUUCUGGAGAGCGAUUUGAAACGACGCUCAAAAAGUUAUCAAACUGUGCAUGCCCUUUGAUCCAACAGUGUCACUACUGGACUUAUAUCCCAAAAAUCUCCAUUGAGAGGGAACCUAUCACCUUCCAUGUCUAAUUAUUGGGAGGUUUUUACUGAAUCAAAUUAAAAUUGACCUUUCUGAUAUUUCCAUCUUUUAUUCUGACUUCUUCCCUCUAGGAUUAAGCAAAAUGAGGUUGAUCCAAUAUGAGAGCUGUCAUAUUGUCACGACAGUUCUCUUGUCACCCCCAAAUCUUCUCCAGCCUCCAAGUCCCCAUUUUCUUCUAGUAAUCGUCACAUCACCCCCUUCCACUCUGCCCAAUUUGUCAAUCUCUUUUUGAAAAUGUAGCAGCCACAAAGAUAGAAAGGUCCAAAGACCUACAAAGUAGAUAUCAGUUGAAGAAUAACUAAACAAAUUGUAAUGCAUAAAUGUAUUGAAAUAUUACUACGCCAUAAGAAGCAGUGAAUAUAAAGAAUAAUAUAAAUUAAAAAGAAUUCAGAGAAAUAUGGGAAGAUAUUGGAAAGAUGACAUGAUACAGAACAUAGUAAGCAAAAUCAAGAAAACAAUUUACUCAAUUACCACAACAAUUUAAAUAGGGCAUAACAACUGAAAUGGAAUACUAUGUAGUUAGGAUAAUUAAUCUUGACCAUAAAGAAGAGAGGAGAAAAUUAACUUCUAUCACUUCUUUGCUGAGGUGGAGGACUAUGGGUGUGUCAGACCCUGCAUAUACUGCAUAUUCCACUGAUGUGUUAAUUAGUUGCACUAGGUUGCCUUUUCACUCCCUUUUUUAUUCUCUCUUAUAAGGGAUGACUUCCUGGGAGAGGAAAGGAGAGUGUGUAUUUGGUAAUGAAGGUGAUGUAAAAAAUAAAAUACCCAAAAAACUUUUUAGAGAAAAAGGAAAUGUAGCACCCAGAAUGUUCUAGAUGUAGUCUAGCCAGGACAAAAUACAAUGGGACUCUCACUUCCCUUGUCCUAGGUACUGUUACUAGUAGUUACUGUUACUGUCUCUCCUAAUGUAGCCAAAGAUUUCCUUAGUUGUCUUGGCUUCCAUAUCACACUCGUGUCAUAUUGAACUUGAAGACCAUUAAAGACAGCAGAACUUUUUCAGGAAUAUCACUAGCCACAUCUUCCCCACCUUGCACUUAUGAGGUUGAUUUCUUGAACCUUAUGAAAAGACUGAUCUCUAACAAAUUUAAUUGUAUUACUUUUGGACCAAUAUUCUAGCUGUCAAGAUUUGCUAUCCCUUCCACCUUUGGGUCAUCUAAAAAAUUUAAGCAACAUACCAUCUAAAACUUUUUCCACAUCACUGAUAAAUAUAGUAAGUAUUACAGGAUCUGAAUCCCUGAGGGACUCUACUAAACCCCACCUUCCAUGUUAAUAUUUAAUGACUGCUCUUUGAGUCAACCAGUACUGCCAUAAACAAACCGUAGUCUGGUUUAUUUCUCUUUGUCUUGUCCAGAAAUUUAGCACAUGAGACUUUGUCAAAUUAUUUGCUAAAAUCAAGGUGAAACAGUAAUAUGAUAAACCACUAUCUAAUUUAUCUUUAAAAGAGAAAUGAAAACCAGAUUAUCUGAAUAAAAAAAACUUAGGAGGAAAUCACAACAAAUAGCUCUAAAAUUACAAAAUAUGCAAAUUAACAAAAUAAGAAAUAGGCAACCCAAUUUCAGAAAGAAAAUUUGAAAGGGACAUAAGUGAAUUUUCAAUGAGAAAAAAAAAGCACCAAGGAGACUAGCAAAAAUGGCACAA